ACUUACAGUUCGUUGUUUUUCCAUCAGAAAAAAACAGUGAAUAAGUGCAAGCGAAGAGAAGAGUGAAAAAAAUGCAUUACAAAUGACAAAAAUUUGUAAUUGAAAUAACUAGUGAAAAAGUGCAAAAGGCUGUUGCCAAUUCACGAAAAUGAAAAUGCAUUCACAAAUUAUGUAGCUGCUGUGCUGCUGCUUUUCCGCAACACAAGAAAAAACGCAAAGAAAAUCGGUACAAAAGGAAAACAAAAUACACACAGCCAAACGCGAAAGUAAAUGUGAAGCACAUAGGGCAAAAAUUUCAUUGCAGCCAGCAGAGUCGCAGAGACAACAACGCAGCAACAGCAGCAGCGGCAGCAGUUGAGAUAACGAAAGCAAUUGAUAAACCCUGAUAAGGAUUCACAGACAGAGAGAGAGAGAGAGAGAGUCGCGCAUUCGAAGCCAAGUCCUGCGCAGCGGCAACGGCAACUGCAGCAGCAGCAGCAGCGUUGCCACCUGAGCGCUUAUCAUUGAUUGAGCAUGUCGCACGGCAGCGCCGGCGCGCAAACUGUUGGCGGUGGUGGCGGCAGCGUUGGUGGCGGCGGUGCAGCAGCAGCAGCGGCGGCGGCAGCAGCAGCGGCUGGUUCUGAAUAUCGUGAACUACAUUGGACUGUGUCGAGUGUGAUGGACUCGUCGCGUGUAUCCACCUGCCUUAUAUCGAUGCUGUUAAUUGUCUACGGCAGCUUUCGCAGUCUCAACAUUGAGCAGGAGGCGCGGGAGCGUGAGCAAAAGAAACGCAAUGAAUCCAUGACGAAUUUGCUCACCGGUGAGCAGGUGGAAAAGGAGCCAACGGAUAAGUUUGCUACGCUGGAUACGAUGCAUGCACUGUGCUUGCCACUCGGUGCUUCCAUAUCGCUGCUCAUCAUGUUCUUCUUCUUUGACUCGAUGCAGCUGCUCUUUGCCGUGUGCACAGCCAUUAUUGCCACUGUGGCAUUGGCAUUUCUUCUGCUGCCCAUGUGCCAGUAUAUCAUUCGCCCGUGCACGGAUGGCAAACGCUUCUCCUUUGGCAUCUGCGGACGUUUCACGGCAGCGGAACUAUUCAGCUUCACGCUCUCCGUAUCAAUUGUGUGCGUCUGGGUGCUCACUGGCCAUUGGCUGCUAAUGGAUGCUAUGGGCAUGGGUCUAUGUGUGGCGUUCAUAGCGUUUGUGCGAUUGCCCAGCUUGAAGGUGUCGACGCUGCUGUUGACCGGUCUGCUCAUCUAUGACGUCUUUUGGGUAUUCCUCUCAUCAUACAUAUUCAGCACAAAUGUGAUGGUCAAGGUGGCCACACGACCCGCCGAGAAUCCUGUCGGCAUUGUGGCGCGCAAAUUGAAUUUGGGCGGCAUUGUGCGCGACACACCGAAACUGAAUUUGCCGGGCAAACUGGUUUUCCCCAGCAUACACAAUACGGGACACUUCUCGAUGCUCGGCCUGGGCGAUGUCGUAAUGCCGGGACUGCUGUUGUGCUUUGUAUUGCGCUACGAUGCCUACAAAAAGUCACAGGGCAUUACCUCGGAUCCAACGCUAUCGCCGCCAAAAGGUGUUGGCUCCAGGUUGACGUAUUUUCAUUGUUCCUUAUUGGGCUAUUUCUUGGGUCUCUUAACGGCAACUGUCAGCUCGGAGGUGUUUAAGGCCGCACAGCCCGCCUUACUGUACUUAGUGCCGUUCACGUUAUUGCCGCUCUUGCUGAUGGCCUAUCUCAAGGGUGAUCUGCGGCGCAUGUGGAGCGAACCAUUUAUUGCGCAUCCACCAUCAAAACAACUGGAAGUCUGAGUGUACUCUAUCUUACAAAAAGAAUUAAAAAAAGAAAACACAAAAAAAUGCAAAGAAUAAGAACACACAACAAAUUUAAACACUAUGAAUUCUCUCUUAAUAACGUACGUAUUGUUUAAUUAUACGUAUCAACGUUUUUUAUAAGUUAGGUGAUCCUCUUUUUAGUGAAGUAACAGCAAAACCGAAUAAUAAAUGUAUGUAGUUUUAGUAUAUAUAAGUGGCAAAGAUUUUUAAAAACCACAAAAAUGUACAUGUAUAUGUUGAUGUGUUUUGGCUUUACGUUACGCAGAGCUGAAGAUAGAUACAGUUUAUGCUGGCCCCAAUAUUCAAUACAAUUUGUAAGCAAGAUUAAUGAAGAUUUUUCAGAUGCGUAUCAAGUUGCAUUCUUAACAUUUUAAUACAAAACCUGCAUAAACUAAAUACAUUGUAAAGGUUUUAGUAUUAGCAUUUCUUUUUUCUAACAACUGUUGAGAUUUCAUUUUGUUCAUUUAGUUUUUAAAGCAUUUUCAACAUUUCCAGCAUACGAUGAAUCAAAUACUAAAUUAUCCAAGUUACAUUAUCAAAAAGUAUGUCAUUUUUCUGUAAAUACUUAAGUUAAAUAACAAUCACAAAUAAUAGUUAGUAAGAGCGCCUACAUUUCCCAUUAUGAGUAUUAUAUCGCUCUAAAAUGCUUUACAUAUUAUUUCUCAAUCAAAUUUCCGUCCCCCAAUUUAUUUGCUCCAUUUCAAAUCAAAAUUUCACUUACACAUACAAUAAUAAUAUUUUGCCAAAAUGCAUGUGUUCGUUUUAAACAAAAAAUAUGAAAAGUUAAAAAAAAACAA